AUGUUCUUGGAAAAAGCAUUUCACGAGAUGCAGAAUGAUGGAACAGCAACAUGGAAUAGAAAAUUGUAUUGGGUACCACCGAGAAAAGUGCCAGAAGUCCAUCUGUUGGAUAAACCAAAGAAAACUGGAAAAAACAUUUAUUAUUACGACGACCCAGAGCUAGAAGGUGUAAUACCUCAUUCGUCGGGAUGUGCCCGUACAGAAGGUUAUUAUAAAUUAUCCCACAAGGAAAAAAGAGGUAUUCUACGACGACCGGAUGUUUUCUUAACCGAAAUAAAUGAAAAGGAUGAUGAAAAAGCUCGGUAUUUGGUGCAAUCCACGCGAGAAGCACGAAGCAUGAAUCGUCGUUUAUUGACAUCGAUGGGUGAUACCUCGUCGGAUAUAUUCAAAGUUAACCAGCUGAAAUUUCGUAAAAAGCUAAUCAAAUUUGCUCGUUCUCGUAUUCACGGUUGGGGUUUGUAUGCGUUGGAAGCAAUCGCUCCGGAUGAGAUGAUAGUCGAGUAUAUCGGACAAAAAAUACGACCGACAGUGGCAGAUGAACGCGAAAAACGUUAUGAGAGACGUGGCAUGGGUUCGAGCUAUUUGUUCCGUAUUGAUUCUGAUAAUGUCAUCGAUGCUACGCAAAUGGGAAAUUUGGCACGAUUCAUAAAUCAUUCAUGCCAACCAAACUGCUAUGCAAAAAUUGUUGUAGUAGAUGGCGAAAAACGCAUCGUUAUCUACAGCAAGUUGGCAAUUAAUAAAGGCGAUGAAAUAACAUACGACUAUAAAUUCCCGAUUGAAGAGGAUAAAAUUGAUUGUCUGUGUGGAGCACCGGGAUGUCGUGGAUCUUUGAAUUAA